AUGUUCAGUUUGGUGGUCGCGCUGCUGUUAAGCGUGGCUUUUGCGGAUCCCUUGCUGUGGGGACCGUAUCGCCCCAAUGUAUAUUUCGGCAUGAGGCCUCGGAUUCCACAUUCUCUGAUUUCCGGACUCAUGUGGUAUAAUGCCAACGACAUACGGGGCAUAAACAACCUCCGUCACGAUGUGACCAUGGAUAAUCAGGGCGUGACGUUUGGAUGGGAUCAUUACGAUCCUCGUCUUGGCGGCCAGCAAACAAUCGUUGAUAAAGAGAACAGUGUCACUCUGCGCACGACGUUGCUCAAGUCAGAGAAUGGCGACAGCUGGGUUGUACGGGUUGAGGGUGACCAAUCCCCCGAUGCGGUGCUGUCGUUGGUGUACUACACUGCCAUCGAAGGAGAUGGCGACCUGCAACUCAAGUCCAUGCUAACGGCUCAAGGAAUCAAAGGCGACACGCUCAUUGAGGGCUCCAGCCCGGAACUUGGUCGGUUUGAUCUCAAGAUCGUCGAUGCCCACGGCUCUCACCCCGAGUCUUCGCAUCCUGUAGCAGCUGACCGACCUGGUCAAAACACACAAUAUGCUGCAAUGAAUGUGCCAAACGAUAAUGCUUGGCGAGCACGACAGAUCUUCCUGACGUUGGCUCAGGAACAUGUCAAUCAGUUGAACACCCGGUUCCCUGAUGCCCAAGAGGAUAUCCCGGCAUUUGCUACGUUCGCUCUUGCAAAUACUCACCAGCCGGGGUCCAAUUUCCAUAUGGUUCAAAAAUCAUUCCAGGGUCCAUUUGCCUUUGACAUCGAAUAUGGCCCUCGCGGAGAAGCCUUCAAGUAUAGUGUCAAGGCAUUCGACAAGCUCAAGUCUGCUCAGCAAGCCAAAUUUGAUACUGUUUUCAAGCCCCGGACUCCUUUCAAAGCUCCUGAGUUUACAGAGUUUGCCAGACAGCUUGUGUCCAAUCUCGCUGCUGGCCUGGGCUACUUUUACGGAGACUCACUGGUUGGUGAUCCUGACAAUCGUCAGUCUGUUGACAAGACUGAGCCUAAAUCAUUGCUCACGUUCACUCCUACUCGUGCAUUUUUCCCUAGAGGAUUUUACUGGGAUGAAGGUUUCCAUUUGAUUGGUCUGUUCGAUUACGACCCCGACCUAUGCCUCCAAGUAAUCAGUUCGUGGUUCAGCAACAUGGAUGAAGAUGGAUGGAUUGGUCGAGAACAGAUUCUUGGUCCUGAGGCCCGUUCGCGUGUUCCCGAAGAGUUCCAGGUACAAUACCCAGACUAUGCGAACCCUCCUACCAUUUUGAUGAUGUUGGCACAAGUCGGCAGUGCUAAACAGAGCCCCGCAUCGAUCAAAUUGCUCAAAGACGUGUAUCCUGCUCUCAAACAGCAUUUUAAAUGGUUCAGAAGCUCUCAACAGGGCGACAUUGUGGGCUAUGAUCGUGAACCCCCCUCGCUUCGUGAAGGCUAUCGCUGGAGAGGCCGCACACCUACUCAUGUGUUGACUAGUGGGUUUGACGACUAUCCGCGUGCAUCUGAGCCCUCUGAUGGUGAGCUCCAUGUUGACUUGCUGAGCUGGGUUGGCGCCAUGGCCCGUUCGCUAGCGCAAAUUGCCGACGUGCUUGGCGAGUCGAAGGACGCCGAGCGGUUUGCCAAAAUUCAAAAGGACGUUCAAUCCAAUCUGGUCGCACUUCAUUGGAGCUCCGACCAAAACACCUUCUGCGAUGUUGCUGUGGAUGAAUUUGAAGAGGACGUUCACGUGUGCCACCCCGGAUACGUUUCCCACCUGCCUUUCUUCCUUCGUCUUGUUGAUGCGCAAGAUGAAAAGCGUCUACUGUCACUGAUCCAUCAACUUCGUGACGAAGAUCAGUUGUGGUCGAAUGUGGGUAUUCGCUCUCUAUCCAAGUCUGAUGGCUUUUUCGGCAUUGGCGAGAACUACUGGCGCGGCCCCGUCUGGAUCAACAUGAACUACCUUGCUCUGGAGGCGCUCCAAUACUACCAUGAACAUGGUUCUGAGGCUGUUCAAGAGCAGGCAGCCAAGCUAUUCAACGAAUUGCGCCGGAACGUUGUGAACAACGUGUACAAGCAAUGGAAGACCACAGGAGCAGUGUGGGAACAGUACGACUCGAUGAACGGAGCAGCCAAGGGUGCUAAACAAUUCACUGGAUGGACUGCGCUUGUUGCAAAUAUCAUAAAUAUGCCAGAGCUCGAUGCUGGACAUCGGGAGCUUUAA